AAUUAAUGAGUUGUUUUUAUUUCCCUCGAGGUCGGUUUAUUUUUCUGAGUUUAUUUAAUUGCAAAUGUUUUGUUGACAGCGAUCACGGGCAGACAAAUCGACAUAUUCCUUACAUCUAGGUUUUCUGAAGCUGUACUUUGUAUGGCGUUUAUUACUGUCCGAUUUGGAGAUGACGAGGACGAGCUUUUCAAUCCAAACUUUGUCACCCAAAAUCUACUGGAGAACAUUAGACGACGGUGUCGUUGUCAGCGGGGAGUAACCCUAGACCUGUCAGACGAGGAAGGGGAUCUAAAGAAUCUGCCGGACUAUCUCCACCAGUAUGCCCACAAAGUCCUUAAGCCCAGGGAGACCUUCGUGCUCGUCAAGAUAGAAAAGGGGUUGGGUGACUAUCCAAAGACGUAUACUUCAAUGCUAAAUGACCUGGAAACCAGCAACCCGAAACUGCUGGCACGUCUAGAAGCCCUCUCUCAAAGGCCCCCAACGAGACUAAUCAAAAGUCAGCACAAAAAGCCGCACAAAAAGAAAUCCAUGUGGAAUUUAGCUAACCGGGUGCGCAGUAAAAACGGACAGCGAAACAGCGCCGGACGUAUCCGGUCCGAGACCGAACAAGCAAAGACCAAAAAUAAAACAUCGGGUGCCACGCCCUCCCAUCAAAACAAAACGCGACAACGAAAGCCUACUAGAUAAUGAGCCCCUCUUCCCGUAAGGUUCUUGAAAAAUUUCACAUUGUUUAAUAACACACUGAUAUUUUAUUGAUCUUUCUAAGUAUAAGCGUGCUUAGAAAACUAUGGAUAUAUAUUUAUUCAGUACCUAAACACCGAAUAAAAUAGUACUUUUCCACUUG